UGGAUUAGACCGUGGAUUCAAGUCGUUUUGCAGAGCUUCGUGAAAAUGGCGGACAGGCGUCAGCUCCCUCAGAACAUUGCCUCCUUUACAAGUUUAGGAGGCACUGCUCAGAAUCGGCGAGUUGAGCGAGUCGUGGAAAAUGAUGACAGUAGCAGCAGCAGUUCGGAAGGACAGAGUGACAGUGGUUCUAACUCCAAUUCGCUUAAUGCGUUCGCUAAUGACGGGGGCUUUCUCGAAAGGUUCAAGCAAAUGCAGGAAGCUUGUAAGCAGCAAGCCGCUUCACAAGAAGCACAGUUCGCUGUCCCGCAGUCCGACAGUGCCGAUACCACUUCGGCGAACAGUGAGAAAAGCGAGCCCACCGAAGCGGACGUAGCUGCUACGGCCAAGAAACGGACACUCCCAUUCGUGGGUAAAAGAAGGGGUGGAAAAGUUCUAAAGACGGGAGUUGUCCACAAGCCGAAGGUUGAAGAUGAGGAGGAGCUUCCUAAGGACGCCUGGUCAAGGUACUUGGCCGAAGUGCGCAAAUACCGAGAACGCUCGUGUGAUGACGAAGAAAAGACCCGGCCGCUUGUCAAGUGAACGGAUCGAGUAAUGGAGUGGGACAUUGCAACGCCCAUGGAUCCACUUGCCCACAAAUGCUGCAUUUUGACUCUGCAGACAUUCUUAAUGGCUUCCAUCGGGACUGCCUGCUGUUGGGCUAAUGGAUAUGUGUGUAAAGUUGACAGGCCUGCUGUGUAGCCUCUUGCUAUUGCAGUGUAGCGGUGUCCCGUGGUAUUAGGGCGGAAAAAAAAAAUUAAUGGUGGACGUGCAGCGCAGCACCUAUUUAUAAUGUACAUAUUUUGCUGUAAUAAAAUUUGUUUACAGGCAGGCAAUGUCUGUUAGUGACACUGUAAGCUCAAGAAGUUUGCUUGCAUAGGGAGAGUCAAUAUUCUCACUGCAUUUUUUGAUUAGGCGUGCCUGAACUGACAACACUGAGCUGAAGGAAGCAAUAGAAAUUGUGUAGCCAAUAUGCUAGUGCAAGUUAGAAACUGUGGAACAAUUUUAUGAUGGAGCAGCUUGCAGUGCAGAGGAGUUUGCCAAAGUUGAGCACCAUCUGUUCCGACUCGGUGUGUGCAGCCAGGUGGCCUCCACUUACGGCAGUUGAGUAACUAGCCUUGGUAAAUAUUCUUCUUUAUUAAUUCUGAGAGGGUGCAUGUUGGCCUUACAAAAAGCUACUGGCAGUGUCCCAUUUUAAUGAGAACUGAGCUGUUGUAUUUGAGAAACAGAAUUUCAUUCAACAUUUAUAGUUGGACAUCCUGGAAAAUGAAGGUGUAUGUAGGGAAUGUAGCAUGAGUUUUCUUCUGUUGCAAUUUCCUGUGCGCCUUUUUCCUGUUUUCCUCUCCUUUCCAAGUGCUGAUCAUGUUGCACUGCAACCAAUGACAGAAAGUUACGUGCUGUCUGAGGCUUUGGAUUUUGUAAUAGUGUAUAGGGAACUCAUGUUUAACUCUCUUUGUGCGAGACGUGAACUGGGUCUAUCUGCUUUUUCUUGCUAAAAAUGGCAAGGGACGUGCUGAACUCGUUCGCAAUGCUUUUCACUUUCUUGCAGUGUUUAAUUCAUCAUUAAUGGUACUUUGUUUUUGUAAUUUUCUUGUCUAGUACCUUCCUGCUGAGCUUCAUUUUUGUGAUAAAUGGUUGACAUCUUAUAUGAACAUUUGAAAUAUUUCGUUCAUUGUUUUUCGUAGAUAUUUUUGGUGUAAAGGAAAACAAAUUAGCCAGUGACAAGAAUUUUGGAUAGUGUUGCGGCACGGACGGGAGUUAAAGAAAAAUGCGACUUUGCACGUGCUUAGAUAAAUAUGUAAUGUUUCUGCCUUGCCUGAAGAACAUGUCAGAGUUAAUUUUGUGGUUCAUGUGAUUAUGUGAGUAACACUUUGGGUGUUGUUUUCUCUUCUUGUGGUUCAAGUUUGGUAAAGCUGCUAUAUUAUUGCGCUGGCUUUGUCGAACUUUCCAUUUUACUUUUUUUAAAUACUGGCAGUUAAGCUAUCCAGACUUUUGAACCAGUUUAGUGGAAGAGAGGUUAGACAUGGUCUGUGGAUCAAGUUGCUAGGUUCAAGCUAAGCCAGGCCUGUAGCCAGGAAUUUUUUUCCGGGAGGGGGGGGGGUGGCAUAGGUCUGCAUCUGUACAAAUGCACCUCCCAUUAUUAAAUGAAAUUACUGUUUAGACACUGAGCUGGCAAAGUAUGCCGAUUCCAUUCUAAACAUUCAACCGACCAGCACCUGUUUACCUGCAAUUACAGGUGCCCUUUGCAACAUAGCCCAGUAAUUUAAUGAGGCAAUGCUCUCAUUGUGCUUUUUUUUUUUUUUUUUUUGUUGGACUGCACACAUUUAGCAGGUGCAGGUGAAAGUUUAGCUUGGCAAUGGUGAUUAUACUGGGGAAAACAUGACAUGGCCUCCCAAUAUUAGCAUAUUUGGGUGGUUUAAGUGCGUCCGUUUUGAAAGCAUGGAAAAAGUAGGCUUUAUGUUUCCAGCUCAACAUCGCAAGUUCAGUCUGAUCACACUUUGAAUAUGCGAUGGAUGGCAAGACGAGUGUUUUCAGCAGUACCACUAAGGAUCCUGCAUACCAUUCUCUCCUUUCCUAGUUAGAUUCGUUUGGUGGUUAGAGCAUGCUGGAACAGCCACCGUACUAAAAAGUCUGCAAACCUUAGUUUUAGUGAUGCCUGUUUUUAAUGAUGCUGACACUGCAAGAAAUGUGGUGAAAAUUAGCACCAUAAAUUGAUUAGGCAAUUAAAAAGGCAGUAGUCAAAGCUGAGGAAAUUAAGACUUCAAAGCAGUGCACAUGUAAUUUUUUACAUUCGUUAAGUUUAGUGACUCAAGUUAGUGGCACUGGUACCGAUUGACAGGACUAGUUUGAUGUGUACAGAUUGUACAUGUGACUGACAUUUACUGAAAAUUUAAAAUUGAAUGCAUUAAACAUCUGGUAUGAGUAAACGUUUCAGGGCUUCUAGUGUGACGAAUGCAACUUUUGAAAAAUAGCACUUGCUGUGUGUGCAUGUGGUGUACAAAUGAGUGCUAUGUCUAUGGCAUCCUUGUUAUCAUUACACUUGUAUGUCUCGAGACACAGAGUCUGCAUGUACAGGAUCAAUAAAAGCUCUACUUAUGAGGUGCC